CCACCAGUAUAUUGAAUUAAAACCCAAAUAUAGAUCAUUAAAAUCUGCUGAAAACAGCCAAGAAUCACCAAAAAUGGAGAGAAUACGUGCAAGAACGUGGGCAGUAAAAGGUUGCACCGUGAAUAGUGCAUCGAAGCCACAAACUUGACCAAAACUGAAGAAUCUUGGAUUGGAGAUGGAAACCAACUUCGGAAUCUUAGUAGGUCAUGUAAGUCGCUCACGAUCCCUCAUAAAUUUGGCUUGAAACCAUGCGAAAUCAAACUUGCGAUGCAUGAAGAUGACCCUCGAUUCACACAAACCCGGCGACAAAGACGGCGUUGGCGAACGAAACCUGGCGAAGAAGAAAAGAUUGGCCAGGAAGAAGGAAAUCUCACAAAAUGAGUUUAGGUGAAGGGCAAUCCACUACGAGGCCUCCGUUGUUUGACGGAACGAACUACACGUAUUGGAAGGAGAGGAUGAGGAUUUACAUCCAAUCCACCAACUUUCUCUUGUGGAGAAUCAUCAAGAAGGUCGGGGAAACCAACGUCCCUAAGACCGAGAAUGAGUAUGAUGAACAAGACAUCAAGAAAGUAGAGAACAAUGCCAAGGCCAUCAAUAUCAUCUAUUGUGCCGUAAACCCGGAUGACUACCGGAAAAUCUCUUGUUGUUCCACUGCCAAGGAAAUAUGGGACAAAUUGGAAAUCACCUAUGAAGGUACAGAUCAAGUCCGAGAAGCUAAAAUUGAUUUUCUAACCCAUGAAUAUGAAUUCUUUCAUAUGAAGGAGAAUGAGAAAAUCGAUGAGAUGUUUGAACGAUUCUCCAAAAUCGUCAAUGAUCUCUGUGCUAUCAAGAAGACGUACACAGACAAGGAGCUUGUGAGAAAAAUCCUGCGGAGUCUCACACUGGAAUGGCGCUCCAAAGACGAUGCCAUCCAAGAGUCCAUCAGCAUCACCAAUGUCACCAUCGACGGGCUUAGAGGUAACCUCAAAACCUAUGAGUCUACCAUUCUUUUCCCCUCUUUAGGUGAACAAAAGAAGAAGGGGAUUGCACUCAAGGCUUCCACGAGCCAAGAACCCGUCGUGGAGGAAUCAAGCGAUGAAGACAAUGAGUUCUGGCUCGUUAUCAAGAAAUUCCACAAGUUCAUGCGCAAGGAGUAUGAACGAAAGAGCAAGAGGCAUGGAGGACCACCCCAGUGCUAUGGGUGUGGAGAAGUUGGGCAUAUCAAACCGAAAUGCCCAAAUGCCAAGAAUGAGAAGGAGAAGAAACUAUUCAAAAAGCACCGAGCGUACAUUUCGUGGGGAGGUGAUUCCGGCGACGAGUCAUCGGAAGGCGAAGAAAAUGAAAGCGCCAACCUUUGCCUCAUGGCACACGAGGAACCACCGGAAGAGGUAUGUACCACUUCUAAAGAUUCCUACACUUUUGAUGAUGUACAAGAAGCCUUUAAUGAACUUUAUGAUGAAUAUGUCAACGCUUCUAAAAUUAACAAGGAUUUGAAGAAACAACUUACUUCCAUGGAGAAGGAAGUUGAUUAACUAUCAAAAGAUAAUGAAAAACUUAAAGAAGAAAACAAGUUUUUUGGAAAAAGAAUCGCCGACAAAACGGAAAGUUCAAAAUGUAGCUCUUUGAAGAAGUUUGGUGUUUCUCAUAAAAACCUUAAUGAUGU